AUGUUAAGUGUUGCCAGAUUUUGCUCAAUUUUGUUAUUAACACAAAUAAUUGUUUGUGGUCAAAAUGUGCGUUCGAAGAAUAAGAAUGGGAAACUGACGAGACCGAACACAUCAUUCCCGCAAACACCUAUGAUGGAGCUAUUAGCGCAGACAAUAGCGCCAAAUAUUGCUCAGCAAAACCCUGGAGACUUAUUCGAUAUUCUGCGGGAUAAAUAUCCUUUGCCUAAUGGCCUCAAGUCACCUUUCUCAGAAUACGACUACGUGAUAGUCGGCGCCGGUUCAGCUGGCUGCGUGUUGGCCGCUCGGUUAACUGAAAACCCCGACAUCACAGUAUUGGUCCUGGAAGUGGGGAAACCGGAGAACCUCCUCACUGAUGUACCCAGCAUAGCCCCGUACUUCCAGAGGACGGAGUACUCCUGGCCGUAUUUCAUGGAGCCCCAGCCUGGCGUAUGUUUAGGUAUGGAAAACAACCGAUGCUUCUGGCCACGAGGACGGGCAGUCGGUGGCACGAGCGUCAUAAACUACAUGAUCUACACGAGGGGGCGGCCGCAGGAGUGGGACAGGAUCGCCGCAGACGGGAACUAUGGAUGGUCGUACAAAGAAGUGCUCCAUUACUACAUGAAGUCAGAAAGGGCCAGCCUUGAAGGUUUUGAAGAUUCGCCUUACCAUGGCAACUCUGGCGAGCUGAAUGUGGAGUUCGUGCCGGAAAGGACUCCUCUCAUCGAUGCCUUUUUAGAAGCAGGAAGAGAGUUAGGGCAUCCAACUGUCGAUUAUAACGCUCCGGAACGUCUAGGAUUUGGAUAUUUACAGGGAACCGUCCAUGGCGGAAAACGUGUCAGCGCUGCAAAAGCGUUCUUACAUCGGAACAAAAGAAGACCUAAUCUCCAUAUUUUACCAAUGAGCACAGUAACAAAAGUCCUCAUCGACCCCAAAACAAGAACUGCUUACGGAGUCCAGUAUGCUAGGAAUCGUUUACGUUACGAAGUACGAGCGCGAAGGGAAGUUAUACUUUCAGCAGGACCAAUAGCAUCACCUCAAUUACUAAUGCUCUCUGGCGUUGGCCCAAAAGACCACCUUAGCCGUCUUGGUAUUCCCGUCAUUCAAGAUUUACCAGUCGGACACACGCUUUACGACCACAUUACAUUUCCUGGAUUAGUUUUUACACUAAACGUAUCAAAUUUGAGUUUCGUAGAAAGUAGAGAAACAAGAUUAGACUCCAUAAUUCAAUGGAUUCAGUAUGGAGAUACUGCUGUGUCGACAACUGGCGCCGCAGAAGGUAUAGGAUACAUCAAAACUCCAGUAUCUGAUGAUCCCGAUGACGUGCCUGAUAUGGAAUUAAUAAGCAUCGGAGGAUCUAUAGUAUCCGACGGUGGUCCUACAGGCAGUAAAGCGGUAAGAAGAGGAAUGAUGAUUAGAGAUGACGUUUUCGAUGGAGCUUACGGUUCAAUCGACAAUACAGACACAUGGACUGCUUUUCCAAUGUUGUUACAUCCAAAAUCUGUAGGAUACUUAGAAUUGAAAAAUAAUAAUCCAUUUAGCCAUCCGAGGAUGUACGGCAAUUAUUUAACUGAUCCUAGAGAUGUGGCUACAUUUGUCGCAUCUAUUCGCCAUAUCCAAGCGUUGGCAGCUACACAACCUUUCCAAAGGCUGGGAGCUAAGAUCCACAGAGCACAAUAUCCCGCGUGUAGGAACCUCACGUUUGACACAGAUGAAUAUUGGGAAUGUGCAGUGAGAACUCUGACUGCGACACUUCAUCAUCAAAUAGCUACAUGUCGAAUGGGCCCUGACACAGAUCCACUUGCUAUAGUAGAUCCUGAACUGAGAGUGUAUGGCGUAGCAGGGCUUAGGGUGGUAGAUUCUAGUAUUAUACCACGUACGGUUUCCGUGCACACUAAUGCACCAGCCAUCAUGAUCGGAGAAAAAGCAGCCGAUAUGAUAAAAGCGACUUGGAGAUAA